AUGGAUGCUAUCAAAUGGCGCAACAUCUGUGAGCUCGAUAUGAACUUGUGUGGAGGUGAUCCUGUGUUUUUGCCUAGAGAAUUUCUUUAUGGACAAACACUCAAGGUUUUAAAACUCGGCAACUUUUAUCUUGAGGACACACAAAAUCCUUUUUAUCUAUCCGAUCUUGUGGAUAGUGUGGGGUUUCCAGGAGAUCAAUUUCUCAAGAGGUUACUUGUAGGUUGCCCUGUACUUAAAGAGCUUGUUGUUCGAGAGGGUUGUGGUUUCGACGACACUAUUUACAUCGAGUCUUUGACCCUGAAGUCGUUAGAAAUAAUACAGGCUAUUCUACAUGUGGAGCAGGUGAUUUAUGCAUUAGUGUUAAAGCACCAAACCUUAAGGUGCAUUACAAUCUUUCAAAGAAUACAGACAUUUUGUGACUUUGAUGAUGUAACGUUGCUAAGUAAGGCAAAGUUUUGUCAAGAUGGUUGUUUUCCAGUUGUGACAACUCAACAAUCAGCAAAACUUAAGAAUAAGCUACCAAUCUUACAGAACUUGACCCAUUUAGAGCUUGAGCUCGAAAAUUGGUACGAGUUACUAAAAUGUGCUCCUAAGUUGAAGUCAUUAUGUUUUAGGGAGCUUAUAUUUGGAAAGCUGCAACAACCUUGA